AUGCGCCUUUCACAAACACCGCCGAGUUUACUCUCGCUUCUCCUGGUCGCAUUAUCAAAUCUUGAGCAAAUCAGAGCUUUCCCUCUGGGAGAGUUCGACUUUGGAGCGCUGCUGCUCGGGAGAACGACUUGCGUAUCUUACUGUGGCGCCGAUAACCAAUUUUGUUGUACACAAGGUCAAGCUUGCACGACACUCUCUGGAAAUGUUGCGACUUGCAUGGCAGCCGCGGGUGUAGCAGCUACAGGACAAGGAGGAUACGCCGUCUACACAACAACCUACACCGAGACCGACCUUGUUUUACGGACAAGCACAUAUACCUCCAACUGGGUGGCAGCACCUUCAGUCCAACCCUUAGCGACAACAGCGUUAAUAUGCACCACCAGUCUCGGAGAGUCAAGCUGCGGUAGUAUCUGCUGCGCUGCAGACCAAGGUUGUCUUAAACCUGGCAACUCAUGUACGGCUCGAGCAACUAGCUGGGUGUACGUUCCUACCGCCUCAGCUCCAGUCGCCUCUGUACCAACCUCAGGAACUUAUUCCGCACCACUACGACCAACAAGCGGUGGAGUUUCAACAGCAACAGCUACCAUCUCGCCAACAACAACUCAACCUUUCAUUCCACCUGCCACAGCAAGCGGAAGUUCACUUCCAAUCGUUGCCCACAGCAGCAACAACGGUCUCAGCGGAGGAGCCAUUGCCGGAAUCGUAAUUGGUGUAAUCGCCGGUAUAAUUCUGCUAUUGCUCCUCUGCUUCUGCUGCAUAGUCAAAGCCGGUUUCGACGGAAUCCUUGGCAUCUUCGGUCUUGGAAAGAAUCGCAAGCGACGAGAUGAACGAGUCGUCAUUACCGAAGAGGAGCGAUAUUCUCGCCACAGCGCCGGAGGUGGUUCUCGUCCUGUACACUCAGGCUGGUUUGGCGGUGCUGGUCGACCAGCUCGCGUUACCGAAGAGCGUAAGAAGAAGAGCAGUGGUUUCGGUGGAUUGGGUGGUGUAGGCGCGGGACUAUUAGGUCUAGCCGUUGUUCUGGGAUUGAAGAGAAACCAUGAUAAGAAGGAAAAGGCAGCCGCAAGCCAUGCUGGAAGAUCGGAUUUGAGUAGUUCUUACUACUCGUAUGAAGACUCAUAUACUGGAAGCAGUCCGACGCAAGUUCAGAUGACCGAAGAAGUAGAGGCACGAGAAAUACCCGUCGUUCGCGUCGCUAGAAUCGAGAAGAUUUGA